AUGGCAUCUUCGGACUCGAUGGAUUCUCGUGUCAUGGUUCUGCAAAUUUUCACGUCGUGCUUCCAAAAGAGGCCAGAUCGAACACAAUCCAAGUCGCUCGGACAAGGCGAUGGAGCGGUUGAGACGGAAAGCGAAGAUACCAACAUUCAGUCGUUACAAACCCCGUCGCAACCUAGAAAUCGCGCCAAGAUCUCCUCCCAGUCUGGAACAGACAGGCCCCCAGAUCCCGAAUCUCUUCCAAAGUCACAUAAUGCAGACGAGUCAAAGUUUCGCAAGCUCAAGUCGGCCGUCAAGUCGAAGCCCAAGUCGGUCCUCGCUAAUCGGCGAUCGAGUUACAGGUACUUUGCCAGAGGCGAGGUCGAGACCGAGGAGUCUCGGGCCGCCGAAUACAAAACGACCGUCGAGAACAAGUUGGGCCAAAUGUUCGAUGGCUUUCUCAGUAACCAAGAUAAAGUGGCCGACAAGAACGUGAUGGGAGCAGAGUCAAUCGAGAGCUAUAUCAACACCCUAGGCGCAAAUCACUUGAACCACGAGGCUUUUGUCGUGUUCGAAAUCGUGAAAGCCGAAGGCUUGGGCCAGAUCUCGCGCGACGGUUUCGUUGAAGGCUGGAGUAAACUCGCCCUAGAAACCGACCGGAGUCUAAGGGUUCCAGUUGACAUUUCAGCUCACAAGCGAUAUGUGCAAUCCUGCAUUGGGAAGCUACCCCAUGACCCUUCCUACUUCAAGCAAGUAUACCAACGCGUGUUUUUCGUUGGGAAGGAGCCCCAAGUCAAAGCCAUGGACACGCUGGUUGCCUUUGUCUUCUGGGAGAUGCUGUUGGGCCCGGAAUUGCACCAUUGGAAAACACGAAAUAUCGACUGGCUCAGAUUAUGGAAGACAUUCAUCGACGAAGUCUGGGAGAUCGAGGAAGGAAAGUACAAACGGGGCGUCAAUAAAGAUAUGUGGAACCAGACCCUCGAGUUCGCCAACAAGACGAUGGCGGACGAGACUUUGAGCUUCUGGUCUGAAGACCAGGCAUGGCCCGGUAUAAUCGACGAUUUUGUUGCGUGGUGCCAGCGGGGUGGCUUCGUCGCAACUUAG